AUGGCAUCUUCUGGAGCAGCUAGCACUCGUCUCGGAGUGCAUUCCGGGAUGACAAAUCAGGUUGGUCUUUCUAAUCCAGACUUUGGAAUGGCCGUAGCCGUGCCACAAACAUUUCAAUUACAAACAGUGAGUUGCGGCGACUCUUCGUCGGAUGCUAAUUCGCCUGACAUACCAAUAGUCAAAGCAAGUGAUAGACAGUCUCGUAUAAUAGCUGAGAAACACCGCAGGAGUCAGUUUAACUCUCAGAUAGCUCAAAUGAUGUCUUUGUUGUCUGAUAUUGUUCAUUCCCAACGAAAAGUUGAUAAGACUAGCGUUUUGCGUCUUGCGGCGACCAAACUGAGGAAUGAACAUGUUUUCGGUGAUUCAAUCAAAUGCUGUCACCUCGAGACAUGGUCCUCUGCCAUAUUAAAAUUUUUUGAUCUCAUUGGGGGCUUCAUGAUUGCUAUAACUUGCAAAGGUCGUAUUUGCAAUGUUUCACCAAAUGUCCAAGAUAAGUUAGGAUAUUGUCACAUAGAUCUCCUUAGUCAAGAUAUUUACAACUAUGUUCACAAUGAUGACAAAGAAAUUUUAAAACUACAUAUAUUUCCUCCUGAGUUACACACAGGCUGUGAUCCAAAACUUUUAGAACAACAUCAUACAUUUCACAUUCGGAUAAUGAGAGCAGGGGCUCGGUCAGAUCCACCGAGAUAUGAGCGUUGUAGAAUCGAUGGAGUGUUACGUCGGUCUGAUCAUGCUACAUCCGAAUGUGUCCAAGAUGAGCAAACUAUAAGAAGACAACGAGUAAGAAAUCAUAGGACAUUUUCAUCAAGUGGGAAUGACUAUGUUUUUAUUGCUAUGGUUCAUGUUUUAUCAAAUAACCUACCAGCGAGAAUGCUGCCUCCUACAGCAUAUUCUGAGUAUUGGACAAGGCAUUUGAUAGAUGGGAGAAUUGUGCAAUGUGACCAGGGUAUCUCACUGGCUGCAGGUUACAUGACUGAGGAGGUAACGGGUGCAUCUGCAUUUGUUUUCAUGCAUAAAGAAGAUGUCCGUUGGGUUGUAUGCAUACUACGCCAAAUGUAUGACCAAAGUAGAGAGUUUGGAGAGUCUUAUUACAGACUCAUGUCCAGAUCGGGGCAUUUUUUAUAUAUGAGAUCAAGAGGUUACCUUGAAAUAGAUAAAAAAACGAAAAAAGUACAAAGUUUUGUAUGUGUUAAUAGUGUUAUAGGGGAAGAUUAUGGUAGAAAGAUGAUGGAAGAAAUGAAAAGGAAAUUCUCUGUGAUGGUGAAUACCGAGAGAACGGAAAACGAGGUAGUGGCAGCUAUAGAUGAAGCUCCCGUUGAACAUCCUAAGCGUUUGGAGAGAAUUGUUAUGCAUUUAGUUGAACCGCCAACAAGCGAAAGUGUAGAGGAAUUCAAAUUAGUACCACCAUCCAGAGAAAAUAUAAUCUCAGCGAUUAAAAAUAGUGAGAAGGUUGUACAAGAAACAGGUGUGAGGUUUGACAAUCGUAAACGAAAGAACUCGGACAGUGAUGACAACAGUGAACAUUUAAAACGUCACAGUGGUAUAUCAGAAUGUUAG